AUGUACAUCGAUUAUACGGCAAUGCAGCCAUAUUUCGUGCGCUGCUGGCUCGUGUCAGAUGCUCCAAAUAUGAGUUCAGCUUUAUUUCUACGCUUGGGCAACACCACGGUGACUCACCGACUUAAAUUUCCAUGGGUCGCUUACUCUCCAAGGGUUCUGCUUAGACAGCCCCUUGAUCACAGGUGGUUAUGUGGUACCAGAAAUUUUGCGGAGAAACGGGGCACUAUCGCUCCACAAAAUAAAGAACAGACGGGUCUACAACGAUCAGUUCUUGAAGAAGUGCUAAUAAAGGAGAAACAAAAACCUACAACAUUCACUGGAAAGGCAUGUUUUGAAAAGACGGCCGGUGUUCAUGAUCUUUUCGGACCUACCAUAGCUGGUUUUGGAGAAGAGACUUCACGCGGUCGUCGACGUCACGUCGCUCAUCACAAAUACGAAAAAGACGGAAGGCAACGUAUCCGCGUACUUUUUCAUGUGAAGGGCGAACGCGACGAGGGUAUUGCUCAAGCGGAGAUGGAGCAACGCGAUGGUGAAUGGCAGUGGCGAUUUCUUUAUGUAGAAACAAAAAGGAGACCUAAAACUACUCAUGUGCUGAUUGAUAAUCGAUGA